AUUUGAAGGUCAGGGUCGAGUAGGUGGCUUUUUGGAGGUGUGUUUAGUGAGUCACUUCACUGUUUGGGGAUGUUGAGGGAUUUAGCUUUCCCAAUGAAGUCCUCUACCAUCAAACUAUUUAUCCUGGUUUUUCUUCUCUUACUGGUACUCCAACUCAUAUUCUUCUACUCCUCAAGCAUAGAUGUUGUCAAUAUAGUUGGUCAACUAGGUAAUUCGGGAUUAGCGGAUAGUGGCGGUAGAUUUGGCCCACGUGAUCAAUUGGAGACACUUGGUGAUAUGGGUCGUCCAGUUGUCUUACCUGAGUUUCUGAAAGCUGAAUCUAAGCUCACAUUUCAUGUAAAUGAAUUCAAUCUUGUUGUUAGUAAUUUGAUUGGUCUACGUCGUAAUUUAGAUGAUUUUCGUCAUCCUAGUUGUAGGCAACCAAUACCGUUGGAUAAAUUGAUUCCAUUCAAAACAAGUGUUAUUAUUGUAUUUCAUAAUGAAGCUUGGUCAGCUUUAUUGCGUACUGUUCAUUCGGUUCUUGAUCGUACACCAGUACAAUUGCUUCAUGAAAUUAUUCUUGUAGAUGAUGCUAGUACACAAUCCCAUUUAGGUGAUCAAUUGAAAACUUAUGUAAAUUCACUAAAUAAGCCUGUACGAAUUGAACGUAUGUCAAAUCGAAGUGGUUUAAUACGUGCUCGAUUACAUGGAGCGAAAAUUUCCACUGGUAAAACGCUUACAUUCUUAGAUGCACAUUGUGAAGUGACUAUUGGUUGGCUAGAAACUCUACUUAGACAUAUUUCAGAAAAUCAAGAACGUAUAGUUUGCCCGAUCAUUGAUGUUAUUAGUCAUGAUACGUUUGAAUAUCUUCUUGGUUCUGAUCGUACAUGGGGUACAUUCGAUUGGCAAUUUAAUUUCCAUUGGGAAAAUGUUGUAGAUAGAGAAAUAGAGCGUAUUAAUGAUGAGCAUAAUGUCCCGUUACGAACACCUACUAUGGCUGGUGGUUUAUUCACCAUUACUCGUGAAUACUUUUAUAAGAUUGGUGCUUAUGACGAAGAUAUGGAAAUAUGGGGUGGUGAAAAUAUUGAAUUAUCAUUUCGUGUUUGGCAAUGUGGCGGUGAAUUACUAAUCGAUCCUUGUAGUCGUGUUGGACAUGUAUUUCGUAAAUCUUCACCAUAUACAUGGCCCGGUGGUGUUAGUCAUAUAUUACAUAAGAAUUUUGUACGUACUGCACUAGUUUGGUUAGAUCAGUAUAGUCGAUUUUAUUUUAUGCUGAAUCCAUCUGCUUUAUCAGUUGACUAUGGAGAUAUUUCUAAACGUAAAAAACUUCGUCAACAAUUAAAUUGUAAAAGUUUUCGUUGGUAUUUAGAGAAAAUUUAUCCUGAAUCAUCUAUUCCAAUUGAUGUGAUAAGAUUAGGUGAAGUUCGUCAUAAAUCUGGUCAAUGCCUUGAUUCUCUUGGGCAUAAAAUUGGUGAAACUGUCGGUGUUACACAUUGUCAUGGACAAGGUGGUAAUCAAGUAUUUGCAAUAACUGAAAGUGGUACAAUUCGUGUUCAUGCAGGAUGCAUAGAUGGUGGAGAUAGUCGAAGUAUUGGAACUGGAAUAUUAACUUUAAAAAAGUGUAAAAAGGAUAGUAUCAGUCAAAAAUUUGAAUUUAUCGGGAAUCAAAUAAUUCAUAAAGCAACAAAAUUGUGCCUUGUAAUUAUAUCAAUUGGUAAAGGUGUACGACUCUCAUUAAGAGUGUGCACGGAUACAAAUGAUUCCUAUUGGACUCUUCCUCCAUUAUUUAAUGAUACAUCAGUUUUAUUGUAAAAAGAAUAAUGUUUUCUACGCCCAUUUAUCUUUUCAGAUGUGGUAUAUAUAUAUAUAUAUAUAUAGUAUUGCUUUAAUUCUUUUAUGUAUACUUUCCACCCAAUAUCUUCUUCCAAAAUGAUGUUACAUCAUCAAUUGAAUGAACUUUUUUUUUCAAUGAAAAGUCAAGUUUCUUCUGUUAUUCAAUUUAUUUUUUAAUUAACAUUAGAUUUGAGAUAAUUGAUUGUUUUAUCUAAUAUACAUAUAAUAUGUGUAUAUGGUCUUAGCAGGUAAUUUUUUGUUAAUUUCAUAUGUAUAUUACUUAUAAGUAGUAAUGAAUUUCAUCAAAUUAAUUUGUUGCUUCAAAAUUGACUUGACAACUUUCUAUGUUUGUUUAUAAAAUCGAUAUUGAUACAAAAAGCCAUGUAAAUUACAACAAUAACAACAAGUCAACUAGGAAUAUUUAGUUAAGUGUUUAUUUUUAUUCUUUCAACUAUCAAUCUACCUAUCGGAGUGUUUAAAUGGUGGUUGGUAAUAAUCACUACUUUUGUAUAAAAUAAAUUAAGUAUGAUCAAAUCGGCUUUUUUUUCUUUUACAAAUGUAACAGUCAAUACAACUGUGUAACUGCGUACAUGGGGUCUAACUAACUCAUUCCAUUGAUUAAAUGUCUACAUUCAAUUCUCGGCGCAAUUUUUUUUAUUUGAUCUGAUUUUUCCCGCCUACCGUGUGAACUCGAAAUUAAAACUCGCUAUGUGAUUCAGUUUGAUGAUUUUCGCAAUAGGUUUGUUCUACCCGCCUCCAAUGUUUUUUUUUUACUAUUUUCAUCUUCAGUUAGAAGCUGACUAGUUCUCUGCCACAGAAGGUCGUUGCUUAUGGUAUCCGGCUAAACAAUAUUUAGUAUCUUAUAUAGACAACUGUUUAUAAAUACCUGUACAUUUUCUAUGAUGAUUGGAGUUGUUGUCCGCCUUUUACCUCCAUACAGUGGAAAUGUCUUGGCGUCCAUAUUGAAAGUCCUGACUAUGUUGUUGGUGGACAGAUGUUUCGAUUACCAGGUGUCUUUCAAUUGUAGAUAUGCAUCCCUUUUACUGUCAAUAGUUGUCUCCACAUCUUUAUCAGGUCCUCCUUGUUUAUCGGUCAUGGCAGUCAGGUACGUGAAAGUCUCGUCCGCUCCCAGGGCUACUCCAUGGAGUGUGGUUUUAUUGGUGUUCUCUGUUGUAUUUUAGUAUCUUUCUCUUCCUAUUUUAGUGGCCCAUGGAUCUGACUCCAAGAUCGUACGAAUGAUUGUUAUCGCCUAUUCUCGUAUAUCAUCGUCGACUUAAAUCGCGUUAGUCAAUAACGGUACGUCGAGUCGUAUUCCUUUUUGGUCGUUAGGCCCAGAGUGGUUUGUGUGGUUUGAGGGAGAUGCGCUCGACCUCGUUUGUUACAAAACCGUACCAAGGCAUGACAAAAAUACCAAUACAUAUGAUUAGCGAUGGCAACGUAUGAGACUGACUUGAAUGUGACGAACUUGAGUGUAUCUUUGAGAGACUAGCUCUAAACUCUAUGUUCUGAUAUACUGUGCGAUGGGUAUAGAAUAAUAGUUGCAGUACUCGAAUAGCGUUUUUGAGUGAUAAAGGAUGCAACAUGCAAUUAUGCACGUGGAAUAAUAGACGAAAUGAAGGUAAUGGAUACUAUUCAGCUAGUUAGAAGCAUCCACAAACAUAAUAGGAGGCGAUUUCGAAGUGAAAAAUGUAUAUUGUGAUAACAUAAAAUAAUGACCUCGACUAAGCGAAUGAAUUUAAUAUUAAAUCAAAAUGACAUGGAAAAAUUGGAACGAACUCACUUAAAGCAGGGAAAUUUCACGUUUUUGAAUAAUCUAAAUAUCCCAAUGAGUUCUGGAUGUAAUUACGUCGAGUGGAAUUUUCAUAAAAUGAUAAUUAGUUCGGUGAGUGAUAUGAUUGCGAAAAUGUCAUAAUUUAAUGACAGCACCAACAAGAUUAAUAAUUCCACAUUCGGUCAUGAUAUUGACAAUAAUGUAAUAAUAAGCAUAUAAUGAUAAUUUGAAUCCGACAAAUGUAUCAUUGAGGAUAAUUGACAUGAGGACAAAGUAACAAUAAGAUUUGUGCAUGUCCAUGUCGUGCUGCACAGGCUUUGAUGAGUGCGUCGGAUUAGAGAUUGAGCUGGACCCGUUGGGUUUGUUCGUCGAAUGUAUCAAGUGCAGAAAUCUCUUCAUCGACGUAGCUUGCUGCCUUGGAUUCGUCGUCGGCGGGCUUACCAUUUUAGUGAGGCCCUUUUAUUUGCCAUCAUUUUGAUCGAACGGUUUUCGUUGAAGGGCUCACCAAUUUAGUGUCCCGUUGAUCUGACUUCAAGAUCGUACGAAUGAUUGUUCUCGCCUAUUCUCGUAUAUCAUCGUCGACUUAAAUCGCGAUAGUCAAUAACGGAAUUAAAUAAGUCAAAUAACGAGAAUUGACUUGUGAAUACAUAUAUUUUGUAUGUGAAGCGAAUGAAACAGAGCAAAGCAAAAUGACACGCAUGGAAGAUGGCUGGGAAGCCAACUCCAUUUUAGUCAAGCGUUACUCAAUAUUUAUAGUCAGACAAAAAUAAGCUACAGACAUGUGAUUAAUGGGAUAAGAAGGGCACACACAUAUGCGCUUAUAUAAAAACAGUCUAGAUUGAUAAGCGAAUAAAUAACAAGGUCAAAGUAUGGCUCAAGUGGAAUUAAUAGAAUGGGAUGUCCGAAAGCUAGAAUAAGAUACAGUAUGGGCUUAAAAUAUUGACUGACACUGCACUCUGAAUAUGUUGAGGCCUAUAGCUGCCACACCGACUGUCUUCAUUUAGAUUUCUCAAAUAACCUAUCUCUUUCAUUUCAUAGACUGACGAAAUAUUUAGCUGUAUCCCAGCUAUCGAUUGUAUUCGGUGUUGCAUCUGAGAUGUGGAGGUCUUCAUAAUACAGUCAAGGAAGUUUGCAGAUGCUAUUUUGGUGUCCGAUAAGUUCAGUGGGACUGGUCAAUUCAAGAUCACUUCAAGGUGUUUCACUUACCUUUAUAUGUGAUUUCAAUGUUUCAGCUGGCAUGUUGUCAGAACCUGUUCGCUAUCCGCUCAUCACUCGUCUGAUGGCCAUCUCGAUUUCCUCGAUCAUUGGUGGAGUAGCAGCUAUAUGAUGGUUUGUGAAUGCUACUUCGAUGUCCAGUUAGGCUGGUCUAUUCAAUAGUUCCUCAAAGUGUCCUGCCCACAUGUUCCUCUUCCUGGAUCUCAGUGCAUGUAUUGCCUUUGUUCUUGAUUGGUUACCAUGCUUUACCAUAUUUCCCUGCUAGUUUUUUCUUUCAAUAAUAUAUUUGACUCGCAUCUCCUUCUCUUCCAGCUUCUUGCGCUAUCAUUAAUAGGUCUCCCGUGUAUUUUCACUCAUUAGCCUUAAUGUAUCGCAUCACUCGUUUGUUUGCUCCUGUGUAUUCUGUAUGUGCCUUGGCUUUUGCAGUUCGUGUUCGUCUGCUUCUGAGUGCUAUCUUCUUGUAUCUUGACAAGUUCCCGAUAGUGAUCCACUCUUUAUGAUGUUGCUUUCGCCGCUCACGACCCUCUGGCACAUUGUUGGGAAUGCUUCUUUGAUCCCUAUCAACUUAUUGUCCAUAUUAGUUUUCUCUUCUUUGAGUAGGUCUUCUGGGGCUUGCAACCUGUUGUUGACAGCUAUCUCGCAUUCCUCAUGUAUUUCAGUAUCCCGAAGUAAGCUUUUAUUGAAACUUUGGAAUACUGUAUCCUUAGUUGUUCAGUGCUUCUCUAGCUUCAGUUUCCUCCUGCCAACCGCCAGGUAGAUGGUGGUCUGGAAGUGUAAGUUUCGAUCUUUGUGCUCCUUAGUAUCUUAUUGAUGCAAAUGUGGCCGAUCUGUUUCCGCUUUAUGUGAUCCGAUGAAACCCAUGUAGAUAUGUGUACAAGUUUGUAGGGGGGGGUAUAGUGCCAUCUAUAACCAUUUUGUUGAAGGCAUAAAUAUAAUGGAUAUGAAUAUUACAGUUCGAAUGUAUUUUAAAGCAAAACUAUCGCAGAAUUACAUAAUUGGUGGUGGCCUGCUCGAAUAUCUGGGCUAUUUGUUUCUGCCAUCUAAUUAUUUCAACAAUUUAUCCAGUUUUUUAUUUUGUUUUAACUUCUCAUUAUGUUCUUCAAUCGCAUAACCUAUACAAGCGCUUUUAUGAAAAACCUACGACCUUUCGCUAUACAAGUUCAAAUGGUUGUGGACGGAAUAGAAGAACCUUUCGCUUAACAGGCUUCCGUGUCUAGUAGCAGGGGAUCACCAAAUCCCCUAGGCAGGAACCUAGGUAAUGUUAACAAUAAAAGAGGAAAAAGA